UAGCCCCUAUGACAAACAUGAGCUGGAGUUUCCUCACCCGCCUGCUGGAAGAAAUUCACAAUCACUCCACUUUUGUGGGGAAGAUCUGGCUCACCGUCCUCAUCGUCUUCCGCAUUGUCCUGACGGCCGUCGGAGGCGAGUCCAUCUAUUCGGAUGAACAGAGCAAAUUCACCUGUAACACCAAGCAGCCGGGCUGCGAUAAUGUCUGCUACGAUGCCUUCGCGCCUCUUUCACACGUCCGGUUCUGGGUCUUCCAGAUCAUUAUGAUCUCCACCCCGUCCGUCAUCUACUUGGGCUACGCCAUACACCGGAUCGCCAGGUCCUCGGAGGAGGAGAAGAGGUUUCGGAGCCUCAAGAAGAAGAAGCAGUUUGUGCUCCACUGGCAGGCAGCUCACAACCUGGAAGACUCCCUGGGCGCAGAAGAAGAGCCCAUGAUAGCUGAGGAGAUGGUGGAGAAUGAGGAGAAAGAGAAGACGAAGGAAGAGGAGAAGAAGAAGGGACAGAAACAUGAUGGCAGGAGGCACAUCCAAGAGGAGGGGCUGAUGAAGAUUUAUGUCUUCCAGCUUCUUACCAGAGCCUCCUUCGAAGUGUGUUUCCUGGUAGGGCAGUAUAUGCUCUAUGGGUUUGAGGUCAGACCCUACUAUCUUUGCACCCGAGACCCUUGCCCCCAUAACGUGGACUGCUUUGUGUCGAGGCCGACAGAGAAGACCAUCUUCCUCCUGGUGAUGUAUGUGGUCAGCUGCCUUUGUCUGUUGCUCAACUUGGCAGAGAUGUGCCAUCUGGGCAUUGGGACCAUUCGAGACGCCAUCCGCGAGCGAAAAAUCCACAGCUUCAGACAGCCACCUUACAAUUACGCUGCCUACCCAAAGAACAUCUCCUGCCCGCCAGAGUAUAACCUGGUGGUGAAAUCAGACAAACAAGCCAAGAUCCCCAACAGCCUGAUGGCUCACGAGCAGAACAUGGCCAAUGUGGUCCAAGAACAGCAGUGCACCAGCCCUGAUGACAACAUCCCCCCAGAUUUGUCUACCCUCCAUAAACACUUACGGGUGGCUCAGGAGCAGCUGGACAUCGCUUUCCAGAGCUACAACGGCACUCAGGGGAACGGCCAGCCCUCAAGAACCAGCAGCCCAGCCUCCAGUGGGUCUAUGGCGGAGCAGAACCGAGCCAACACUGCCCAGGAGAAACAUGGGGCCAAGCCAAAAGCCAGUUCAGAGAAGGGGAGCGUAAAUGGCAAAGAUGGGAAAAACUCUGUGUGGAUCUAGAGAGGGGUGAACAGGCCAAGGGGCCCAACUGCCUGGUGGGUGCGCAUCGGGAGAGGGGGGUGCCUUCUUUGAUGAAAUGGGCUUUGUUUAAGAGAACGCUAGGCACCGGCAAGGCCAGAGUGGGAACGCCACCCAGUAGUUAACAAGAGGCCUUUUCUUAACCCCUUGAUUUGUUUACGCUCCCACCUUUCAUUUUCCGGGAAAAAGCAGGAUCUUUGCGCUCCGAAAGCAGCAGCGUGAGAAGGAUCCGUCCUCGACGUUUGUCCUCGUUCUUCCAGGGAAGAUUCAAACAAGGUGCUGAUUGCAAGAUUUAUCCUUCGACUUGAGGCUCCAGAGACCCGAAGAGAGAGAAUGCAAUUUCUCCAAGAGACCGCCGACAACCCUUGGGCACGAGAGCCCAGCUUCCCAACCUGCCUUGCUCGGUUGGGGUUCUCAGGUCCAAUAAAACAGCCUGUCCCACACUGGAGUCCUCCAGAAGCGUUGAGGGCACGGAAAGAUGUCAGAAGUUUUACGAAGCAGACCAGCAACGCCAGCAACACCAACACCCUACAUCAGAAUGCAGAACCAACCAGUUUUCAUGCAGGUUUUUAAAAAAUCUCUUAUAUACCCGUGGUAUUAAAAAAGUGCAUACUGAAAGAUGAAUCUAUAAUGCAAGAAAAACCAAACCAAACCAGGUAUCUGUGUCUUUUUAACAAUAGCUGUUCCCAGGUCAGCAUUUCCACCCCAAAAACACUGAAGGGUUUUAGUCUUUAUGAGGCUGUUUUGAGAUCACGGCACCUUCUUUGCUCUCAGCCUUUGGGUGGAAAUGGCACCAGAGAAGACCGCGCACCUUCUCCCUUUCAAAGACCAGACAGAACCAAAGCUGAGACGCCCUGCCGCUCACAUUCCAUUCCACUGGGAAAUACUUGAAAUUAACUAAAUAGCCAUAACAAAUCUAUGCUGUUAACGACGUUUCUCCCUUUUUUUGGGGGGGGGUCUUUUUGUUGUACGUUUUACUAAUGUGCCAUUUGUGUAAGAAACAUUUUGGCUGUGUUCACAUGACCCAUUUAACCAGCCCAGUUAUAGAGAGCAGCGGUGUUCACACCUGCUUACCUUUGCCAAGUCCUCCUCUUGCUUUGUAGGUGUGCAAAUUCACCUGGUUAGAUUACAGAUUUCUGAGGAUUAUAUGAACUGAGAAGAUGGAUUAGCUCAGUAGCUAGUUAAGCCGUUCGUGUGAACGCAGCCAGAAAGUAUGACGUUGGCCCCUGUCUUCUAAUAUGUUUCAUUGUAAAUACUACUUACAAGUUGUACAUGGAAUAAUUACUUAACAAACAACAAAAACUUUUGGAUGUUCGGUGUUCAGUACUAAUAAAAUGGAACAAACUGUUCACU